AUGGGUCUUUUCAGCCAUAAACCAGUGGCAGCAGGUAUAACGCCCAUGGGUCGUGUACCCGUGGUCGCAAAAGCACCUGAAGCUCCUCCAGCUACGAACGAAGACGAUGAUACAGAAGACUCCCCUAAGAAGGUAUACGGGAAAGAAAAGGCCCCUAAGAAAAAGCCCAUGACAGAUGUGCCUGAGACUGAGACAGACAAAAACACCCGCUUAAACGCUCUUCUUUUCCAUACAUCGGAUGAGCUGGUAGAUUUGUACUGCCUGGAAAAUAAUCUGCUGGACCUCUUAGGCAGACUUUACUACGAUGAUUAUGACUCUGACGUUUCAGGCAUGUCGUCCACGGUGAUGUCGCCGCUGCCGUUGGCUCCGGCCAAUUCAGAUAGGGGAAACGCCUUUCUCACGGUGCAAAAAGCUGCGCAGCGCCUACGGUCGCCUUCACCAAGCAAAAGACCUCCACUUCUGCGCCAUUCAUCUUUUGAGAGGGGCGUUUCCUUCGACACCCUUUCUGACACCCACCAUCAGGCCAUCACGCUUAAGGUGAAGCACCCGCAAUUUCGAUUCCGCCGUAAUAACAAAACGUAUCUCAUUGGAUUCAGCAAUGACGUGGAGUCGCUCAGAGCCGUGGAGUGGGCAUUUCAGGAAAUGGUCAUCAACGGCGAUACCAUAAUCGUCUUGCAAGUGCUUGACGAGAAAAUAUACAAGAGUAUUGACCAUGAGUUGGCGGAGCAGGUGAUCGCCAAGCUCGAGAAGCUCAACACACACAACAAGAAAAUAUCGCUUGUCUAUGAGGCAGUCAUUGGGAAGCCUCAAAAGCUUCUUCGCAAUGCGAUCGACGAGUACAAGCCUGCAAUGAUGAUUGUUGGGACGCACGACUACGAAAAGGCUCAGUUGCACCGUCUGAGCCUGUCGCAGAACAUCACAGAUCGGACUCACCCUACCCACCAGCCGCCUACACCUCACCACAAGCAUCGCGGUUUGUUCUCAAAAGCCUCUAUAUCCAAGUACUUUCUUCAGUUUGCUCUAGUGCCUUGCAUUGUCGUGAAGCCAAUAUAUUACUAUCACGAGAACUUGGAUAAUCCCAUCGACAACGAAAGGUACUUCCACGACUGGAUCGCUCUGAUAGAUGUCUCGCACACUCGUGAGGAAAAGAAGAAACGGAGCAGACUAGCCAUGGCACUUUCGCCGUCGCUGUCGAGGCAGGGAUCGCUGACGAAUCUAGCUGACAUGGGAAAAAGGGAGCGAUCCCCCGUCCUGUCAACUUGGACGCUACUUUUACUUUUGAAGUCGUGA